UCUGUGACAGAAGAGAGGAGGGACAGCGAGAGGAAUGGGUGGAGAUGGGAGUCCUGAGGGAGUGCUGAGGUGUCUCCGCAGCUCUUUGGUUCAGAGCCUCUGAAGGCAACUGAAGUUGAAGUCUGCUCUGGAACAAGUCUGCGUCUCUUGUUCUGGCUUCCAUGGACUCAGCAGCCCCCCGCGAUGGGAGUACGCCGGCUGUCGCUGAAGUUUGUGAAGCGUGAGAGGAGUAAAGAAACAUUCCUGGAAGAGUGACCCGACCGGACCUCAGGGUCCGAAUGUUGCUACCAAAGAUGGCAGCUUCUCGAUCGAUCAUCCUCGCAUUGGCAGCUCUCCUUCUCUGUGCUACCAGAUGUCCAGGAAGUGGAGAGAACGGAAAGGCCAGCUCGCCGCUGGCAUUCACGCACCACCUGUACAACACCACCAUCAACGAGAACUCAGCACCGCGGACCUACGUGGAGACAACCAAGAAGAUGGGCAUUCAGAUCGCAGAUGUUCUCUGGGACGUCGAAUACAAAAUCGUGUCGGGCGACGACGACGGCAUUUUUCAGGCCGAGUCAGUGAAAGUAGGUAAUUUCAACUUCUUGAGGAUAAAAACACGAAGCAGCGACUCCGCUCUCCUCAACAGGGAAGUCAGAGACUCGUACACUUUAACAGUGGAGGCGACAGAAAGCACUUUUGACUUCCAGACAAAGACCAAAGUGUUUGUUCAGGUGCUUGACAUGAAUGAUCUUAAACCACUGUUCUAUCCUGCCUCCUACAACGUGGUGGUCCGGGAAGACGCUCCACUUCAGUCAAGUGUAGUCACUGUCAGCGCCACAGACGCCGACGUGGGCAGCAACGCCAAGUUUUAUUACUCGUUCACACGCGGAGGCCACCCUUUCGUCGUGGACCCCUUCACGGGCACCGUCAGCCUCUACAAGAAGCUUAAUCACACGCGGACGGGACGAUACGACCUCACCGUUUUAGCAGAGGACAGAACCAAGAAAAUAUCCGGACUUCAGAAAUUCGGCAACGUUGCAAAGGUCACGGUGAAAGUGCAGAAAACAUCCUCAGGGGUUCCCGUCAUCACAGCAGCCUCAAAACCAACAAUUUCAGCAGACGGAAAAAUAACUAUCGAUGUCCACGUGGAGGCAAAAGUUAAGCCGGUGGAAUCCCUUCAUAUUGUUGGAGGGGAUCCCCACAAGUGUUUUGAGAUAAUCCCUUUAGGCCUGCGAGGUAGUGACUUCCAAGUGGUCUCCACAAAGAGGAUUAUCUGGCCUCAAACUCCCUUCGGACUGAAUCUGUCUCUACAAGCAAAAGACAGGAGUUUCCCGAGUUUGCUCUCUCCAGUGUCACGGGUCCAUGUUCCUGCCCACGAUUACAUUCCUUUGUCAUUUCUGGAGGAUACCUAUAUUGCCACUCUGAGCGAGUAUUCCCCCGUUGGAACCCACGUUCUGAAGGUGUCGGUCUCGUCCUCCCAGCACAACGUUACCUUCAGUCUGAAAAAGAACCCCGACAGUGCUAAAUUCAUUAUCAGUCCCAGGACUGGGAUUCUCGUCACCACGGGGAAAUUUGACUACGAGAGCAAGACCCGAUAUGAGUUUGAUGUCGUGGCCAAUCACGGGGAAGCGGAAACCCAUGUUGUGGUGGAGAUUAAGGAUGAAAACGACAAUAGCCCACAGUUUGCUCGCAACUCCUACGAGGCCUCGCUGGAUGAGAACUCCCCGGUGGGCAGCAGUGUUCUGAAAGUGAUUGCAACCGACAGAGAUAAAGGAAAAAACGGCUUUGUGACAUACGCUAUUGCAGACUCAGCGCCUCUACCUUUCACAAUCGACCCAUUCAGCGGCGUAAUCUCUACCUCCGAACACAUGGACUACGAGCUGAUGAAGCGGAGGUACCACCUGAGAAUCUGGGCGUCUGAUAGUGGAGCACCUUUCAGUCGUGUCAGCGAGAGCCUCGUGACGAUCACGCUCAACAAUAUCAAUGAUAAUUUCCCCCUUUUUGAGAAAGUGGACUGCAACGCCACGGUGCCGGCCGACACACCGGCGGGCCACACUGUUGUCGAGGUCUCUGCCAUCGAUUUAGACGAGCUGCAGCAGCUCAGGUAUAUCAUCGAGUCUGGGAAUGAGCGCCAGCUCUUUACCAUUGACUCUGUGUCGGGAAGUGUCACUCUCAAGCAGCCCAUCCCUAAAGGAGCAGGCUCAUUCACCCUGAGAGUCGUAGCCAGUGACGGCAAGCAUCGUUCAGAAGCGUCCAUCGUCAGGAUCACCGUAGUCAACAAAGGAGACGAUGCCACCCAUCGCUGUCACGAAACCGGCAUCUACAAGCAGCUGACCGACAAGUUGAUUGAGUCGAUCAAACCUGCAUUAAACUCUGGUGAUGAAGACACUUUCUCUGACGUUCACAUCACAAACAGACACGCCCCGAAAUUUGAGCGAAGCACGCCGAGUUCCGUCGACAUUCCAGAGGAUCAUCCUCUCGGAAGCAGAAUAGUCUCGAUAAAGACGACAGACGAGGACACGGGAUUCAAUAGCUUGCAUGUCUACGCCAUUUCAAGUGGGAAUGAGGACGGCUGUUUCACCAUCGACACCUUUUCAGGCCUCCUUCAGUUAGUCUGUCCUCUAGACCGAGAGUUUAAGGAGUUUUACAUUUUAAACAUCACCGUCUACGACUUGGGCUCACCACAGAGAGCCGCAUGGGUCUUCCUGGCUGUGAACGUGAUCGAUGUCAACGAUAAUCCCCCGAAGUUUGACCAGCCAAGGCAUGUCGUUCGCAUCCCAGAGAACACUGAGGUGGACGCCGUCAUUUUCACGGCCCGUGCCAUCGAUGCGGACGCAGACGCGAGUGGGACGUUUCAGUACAAGCUUGUGACGUCGACCGACUUGUUCAGAGUCGACGAGGUGACUGGGGAGGUCGUGGUGACCGGGCGCUUGGACCGUGAAACCUUGCCCCGACACGACCUCUUGAUUGAAGCCAAAGAAAAGUCCCAUCAAAGCCCUCGGCGCUUCUCAACACUCGAGCUAGUGGUGGUUUUGCAAGACAUUAACGACAACCCACCAAAGUUUGUGCCGAACAAUUACAAAAUUAAAGUUCUGGAGGACGUGCCAGUCGGCACUUUACUCCUGUGGGUGGAAAGUAUUGACCAGGACCUCGGCAGUGGUGGCCUUGUCACCUACAACCUGAAAAACACAGAGGGUGGUAUCUUUCACUUGGACUCAUCUACUGGUGCUUUGACACUGGAGAAGGAGUUGGACUUUGAGAGACGAGUGUCUUACAACCUUACGGUCCGAGCUGUAGACCAUGGACUACCUCGAUCUUUGUCCUCCUCCUGCUUUGUGGAAAUCGAAGUCCUCGACGUCAACGAGAACCUUCACCGGCCCGUCUUCUCCGAGUUCGUGUUUGAAGCCGGGGUGAUGGAAGAUGCCGCGGUGGGAACUUCGGUGGUCACUUUAACCGCCUCAGACAAGGACCUGGGCAGGGAUGGAGUCGUGAGGUACCACAUUCACCAAGGAUCUGGCUUGGGUGUGUUCACCAUCGACGAGGAGACAGGUGUGAUUCGAACUCAGGAGGCGUUGGAUCGUGAGACCGAGCCUCACUACUGGCUGUCGGUCUACGUCACCGACCUGGGAACCGAGCCUCUGGUCUCCUGGACGCACGUGUUCCUGGAAGUCCUGGACGUCAACGACAACCCCCCAGAACUUUCCCAGCCCAUUUACUUUGCAUCGGUGCCCGAGAACGUGCCCCAGGUCAAGUCCGUCGUCAAAGUGUCCGCCACAGACUUGGACACGAUAUCGGAGAACAAGCUCACGUUCCAGAUCCUUCCAUCCCACCGGACGUUCUUCAGCAUCGACACCAAAACAGGUGUCAUCAGCACCGUCUCUGCGCUGGAUCGAGAGGAGAAACCCGAGCACAGCGUCGAGGUGAUCGUGACCGACAACGGGUCUCCAGCGCUGCGCUCCACCGCCACAGUGGUGAUCAAAGUCCUGGACCAAAAUGACAACCGACCCAAGUUCACAGACAAACGCUUCCACGUUCAGUUGCUGGCACCAAGCCUCCAGGAGGGCAAGCUGGAGGUCUGCAGGAUGAUCGCUGGAGAUGCGGACGAGGGAUCCAACGCCGCGGUGACCUAUAUGAUGCACCAAGACCAAGACGGCGUGUUUGAAGUUGACCCGGUGACCGGCGUGGUGACGUCACGCGGCGACUUCUUCCCGGGGAACUACAGCAUCCUCACGGUCAAGGCCAUCGAUCAAGGUAGCCCUCCAAAGUCGUCCACGGCCCGGCUGGACAUCGAGUGGAUCGCCCGCCCUCCACCCUCCGAGGAGCCAAUCACCUUCGACGAGGCCCACUUCACCUUCGCCGUCAUGGAAACCGAGCCUAUUACUUACAUGGUGGGCAUCAUCAUGACCGAGACGCAGCGGCAGAGGUGGUUCGACAUCGUGGGUGGCGACGAGGACAAAGACUUUGACAUUCACCGGAACAGCGGGACCAUCUCCAUCGCCCGCCGGCUCAACGCGGCUCGCCACUCCAACUACAACCUGACAGUGCGAGUCACUGACGGACAUCAGACGGCCACCACUCAGGCCUAUAUCCGAGUGGUGGACGUGAACGAGCACCGUCCCGUCUUCCUGAAGCCCCUGUACCAGGUGAGGGUUCCGGAAGACACGGCCCCGUGGAAGGACGUCCUCCAGGUCAGAGCGCAGGACCAGGACACCAACAGUCGGCUGCUCUUCUCCAUCCACCGGAGCCUUCAUCCCAACAGCGCCAGGCUCUUCCACCUGGACCCCAAGAGCGGCGUGUUGGUGAUGACCGAGCCGCUGGACUACGAGGCCAUAUCAGUCCACACGCUCAUCGUCAUGGUGAGCGACCAGGGCGUCCCGGUGAAGAGGAACUUUGUGAAGGUGGUGAUUCAGGUGGAGGACUGUAACGACCACUCGCCUGCCUUCCUCAGCCCGAGGUACGAGGCCAGCCUCUCGAACUUGGCCCCUACAGGCUCUGAGGUCAUCCGGGUCACGGCCCUGGACAAGGAUACAGGAAGCAACGCUGACAUCCGCUACACUCUUCACUCUGGAAACAUCGACAACAUGUUUUCCAUCGACCCCCUGCUGGGCUCCAUCAGUCCCUCCAAACGGCUGGAUCUCCAGCCUCAGCAGCAGUUCCACUUAACGGUGAAAGCGACGGACCAGGGUUUCCCUCAGCGCAGCGACAUCUGCUCUGUCCACCUGCUUGUCCGCGUCUCCGACCAAACGCCACCUUCCUUCCUGUCAGAUGAAUAUUUAACAGAAGUCAGUGAAUCGAGCGGGGUCGGAACAUCUGUCAUUGCCGUGUCUGCCUCCAGCCCCGCUGUGGUUCAGUACCGCAUCGAGGCUGGCGAUCCAGACGGAACGUUUCACAUCAACCCGUCCACAGGCUUGAUUCUGGUUCAGAAGCACCUGGAUUAUGAGAAGCAGGCCUCCUACCAGUUGAAAGUUACGGCGUCUACCACAGCUGGCGCCCUCUCGCAGACCUCGGUCAACAUCUAUGUGGUCGAUGAGAAUGACAACGCGCCAGUUUUUGAGCAACAGGAAUAUCGAGGAGAGAUCAGCGAGUCGGCACCCAUGAAUACAAUGGUCAUGCUGGACAUGAACAUUCCUCUCGUGGUCAAGGCGGCAGAUGUGGACCGGGGUAUUAACUCUCUGCUGGUGUAUGAGAUUCUUGAUCCAGACGCCACGGAGAUCUUCAAGAUAGACCCAAGCAUGGGCACCAUCACUUUGACUGCGCCACUUGAUUUUGAAUCCAAAACCGAGUAUGAGUUCUUGGUGCAGGCGAAGGACUCAGGGGAGCCGGCGCUGUACACGGCCGAGCCAGCCAAGGUCACUGUUCGUGUCCUGGACGUGAACGACUGCCCGCCACAAUUCGCCGACUCCUCCUAUGAGGCAUCCAUCAUCUUUCCAGCUGUCACCGCUGCUGAGGUUGUGCGCGUCACGGCCCAUGACCCUGACUCGGCAGUCACAUACAGCAUCACCGAGGGGAAUCUUCACGGCGCGUUUUCAAUCCAGCCUGACAGCGGCGUGGUCACUGUGAGCAACACAUCUGACUUUAAGCACUUCUACCAACUGGCUGUCAAAGCUUCUGACGGACUCUACAGCACCUUGGCCACCAUCAAUGUGAACACGACCAACUUCACAGAAAGCAACCUCAGAUUUGAGCAUGGAGUCUAUGCAGCAAAUGUAGUGGAAAACAUGAACAAAGUCAAAGUUCUGGCUGCUCUCAAACCAGUCGGGUGCUUUUUAAAUGAGCCCCUUCUGUUUUCCUUGGUGAACCCCAUGGGAAGAUUUUCAGUUUCCCGGACAUCUGGUCUCCUUGAGACCACAGGUGUUCCUUUUGACAGGGAGGAGAGAGACGUUUACGAUGUGGUGGUCAAACUUGAAGACAUGAGAACGCCAGCAAGGACUGCCACGACUCUUGUCAAGGUUUUCAUAGACGAUGUCAACGACAACCAUCCGCGGUUUCUAAACCUUCCCUUUUCAAUUACGGUGUCUGAAGACUUAGAACCUGGCGAUGUGCUGUAUCAAGCGACUGCCAUUGACAGAGAUUUGGGAUCAAACAGUGCCAUUAUGUACUCGCUCGAGGAGGACUACGAUCUCUUCCGCAUCCAUCCAGACGAAGGCGAUAUAUCCCUUCAAAGGCCGCUAGACUUUGAAGCCCUCAAUAAGUAUAGGUUAACCAUCUUCGCCAAAGAUGAAGGAAACCCAAGUCAUCGAACUCGGUCGGAGCUGAGCAUUCAAGUGAGGAAUCGAACCAACCCGGUUUUCCAGACUCUUGUCUAUCCAUUAAGAGUUCCUGAAAAUGUUCCACCAUUCACCACCAUAUUACAUGUGCAGGCAAGAAAUCCAGAUGGCUACCGACUUGUUUAUAAUCUCGAGGAUGAAAAUGCCACAAAACACUUUCAUAUGGACUUUAAGACCGGCGUACUCACGGUCACAACCCCUCUGGAUUAUGAAGUCCAGACAGCGCACGUGCUGACGGUCCGAGCAUCCGAUUCCGUCACCGGAGCGUUCUCUGAGGCCUCUAUUGAAAUAGAAGUGGAUGAUGUUAACGACAACGCGCCGGUGUUCUCAAAGCCAAACUACUCGGCCGACAUCGCCGAAGGUCUCCCCGUUGGCACUUCAGUGAUACAGGUCUCUGCGUCAGACUUGGACUCCGGCAGGAAUAAAGAUCUGACCUUCCACUUGGUAGAAAUGACCGAAGAAGAAGCACAGUUAUUUGAGAUGGAACCCAAGAGCGGGGUAAUCGUGACGAAAGGCGUGCUGGACCACGAAAGCAGAAACACAUUUGUUCUGAAAGUCCGAGUGACUGACAACGGGACAGUGUCUCUCAGCAGCGAGGUCACUGUCUUCAUUAAUGUCACUGACGUCAACGAUAAUCCGCCGGACUUUGUCAGCGCACUUUACGAAGCCAAUCUGGACGAGAUGGCCAAGUGUGGCCAUAUUGUCGUAAAAAUACAAGCAUCCGAUCCGGACAUCAGCGACGCCAACAAACUCAAGUACAAGAUCUUGUCAGGGAAUGAAGAUCGGUACUUUAACAUCAAUGAGUCCUCGGGAAUCAUAUCCUUCUCCAAUGUCUGUAAGAGGAAUCUUGAUCCCUACUAUAACCUGACGGUGGCGGUGUCUGAUGGUGUCUUCCAGAAGAAAGCGCCGGUGAACAUCGACAUGAUAAACAGCAACAGACAUAGUCCAUACUUCAAACAAAGCAUCUAUGAAGCAGAGCUGGCUGAAAAUGCCGAGGCUGGUACUCGGGUCAUCCGGUUAGCCGCCAUCGAUCCAGACGACGGGCCGUACGGCAGCGUUGACUACACCAUCAUCAACAAACUUGCCGAGGAUCAAUUUGACAUCGACAGUGACGGCCAUAUUAUCACGAGACGACCUUUAGACAGAGAAAACCCUUCGCAGAGAGUGAUCGCCAUUAAAGUCAUGGCGAAAGAUGGAGGUGGGAAAGUGGCCUUUUGCACGGUGAAGAUCAUUCUCACCGACGAGAAUGACAAUGUACCUCAGUUUAAAGCGUCGGAGUAUCAGGUGUCUAUUCAGUCCACCGUCAAUAAGGGCUCCCCUGUCAUUCAAAUCAUGGCUUAUGAUGCCGACGAUGGUAAAAACGCGGACGUGACCUACACCGUCGAUGAGGCUGAAGAGGUCACUGAAGACAUCAUUGAGAUAAACCCUUUCACUGGCGUUGUCAGCGUCAAAGAGAGUCUCGUCGGCAUGGAAAAUAAAAUCUUUCACUUUAAAGUGAAAGCUCGCGAUGGUAGCUUCCCGUUCUACAACUCCACCGUCCCAGUUCAGGUGAAAGUGGUUCCUCCCGAGGUGCCUCUGCCAAAGUUCUCAGAGCCUCUGUACUCCUUCUCGGCCGCGGAGGAUGUUCCCGUGGGGACGGAGAUCGGGUCGAUAAAAGCGAACUCUGACACGCCGCUUAUCUACAGCUUAGUGGAUGGCAACACUAUUGAAAGCAACAAAGACAAGGUGUUCAGCAUGGAUCAAGAGAGUGGGACUUUAUUGCUUCAGAAGAGCAUCGAUCACGAAAAGACCAAGUGGUACCAGAUCGAUGUGCUUGCUCAGGGCAACCACAACGGGACAGAUGUGGCGUCGCUCGUGUCGGUCAGCAUUCAAGUCCAGGACGUGAAUGACAACCAACCCAUGUUCGACGCCAGCCCUUACAGAGCCUUCCUGGCUGAGAACAUGCCGGCGGGAACGACAGUCAUCCAGGUGACCGCCAACGACCCGGAUACAGACACCAACGGACUGGUGACGUACAGCCUGGAGUCGCUUCCCGAUGGCACCACGGACGACAUCACCGAGGUGUUUUCCAUCGACGGCGACAGCGGCUGGAUCACGACGAUGCGCGAGACGGAUUGCGAGGCCACCAGGGUCUACAAAUUCAACGUGCUGGCGACGGACCACGGCAGCGACGUCAAGUUGUCGUCCAGCGUCAUGGUGGAGGUCACGGUCACCGACGAGAACGACAAUCCGCCAAAGUUCUCCAGCAGCACGUACCGUGGCGCGGUGAUGGAGAACAGCAGCCCUGGGGAAGUCAUCGUCUCCAUGUCGACCACAGACGCAGAUGUAUCGCUGGAGAACCGGCUGGUGACCUGUUAUAUAACAGACGGAGACCCGCUGGGGCAGUUCGCCAUCAUUCAGGAGGACGAAGGCAAGUGGGGUGUGAUCGUGAAGGAGCCGCUGGAUCGAGAGAGCAAAGAGAAGUACACUCUGAAGAUCACAGCCACGGAUGGGAAGUUCGAGACGCCGGUGACAGUGGAGGUCGGCGUGCAGGACGCCAAUGACAACAGUCCAGUGUGUGAACAGCUGCUGUACAGAGAGUCGGUGAUGGAGAACCAGGCCCCCAACCUGUUCGUGUUGAGAGUCUCAGCCUCUGAUCCAGACCUGGGAGUGAAUGGGCUGAUCUCCUACAGUCUCCACGGCGUUGACUCGCACAAGUUCCACCUUGACCGCCGGACAGGGAAGCUGUCCACUCUGGCCGUGUUGGACCGGGAAGACGUGGUCCAAUACAACAUGGUGGCCAAAGCGACGGACGGCGGCGGCCUGUUCUGCCAAGUCAGCAUCCAUCUAUUGGUCCAGGACGCCAACGACAACCCGCCGCUCUUCUCCUCCAACCACUACCCGGUCACCAUGUUUGACAACACCACAGUGCGCACGCCCAUCACCGUCCUCUACGCCAAAGACCCCGACGCCGGUAUAAACUCUGAGGUUAAAUAUUCCAUCCUGUCUGGCGAUGGCGGCUACUUCUCCGUGGACGAGUUCUCCGGCGUCGUGCGCCUGGAGCGCCCCCUCACCGCCGACACGCCGUCCACCUUCGAGCUGAAAGUGAGAGCCACUGACCGGGGCUUUCCUCGGAACCUGAAUUCCGUUGCCACGGUGACCGUGGAUGUGGUGUCCUUGGAUGACUACCAGCCCGUUUUCCUGAACUCGGAGUACACGGCUCAACUUCUGGAGUCCUUAGCGGUGGGGUCGGAGGUAUUGAGCGUGUCAGCGCUGACCCGAGACGGCGGAGGCCCGGACCCUGUCAAGUACCAGAUCGUUGCUGGCAACGAGGACAAGCGCUUCCAUCUCCACCCACGAACAGGGUCCCUGACUCUCGUCGCACCGCUGGACUUUGAGAUUUCCCGAGAGUUCUACCUGUCAGUGGAGGGCCGGCGGGGCAAGUCCACCCUGAGCGACAUCACCACGGUCAUCAUCAACGUGACGGACGUCAACGACAACGCUCCGGUUUUCCAGCGCGGCGACUACAGCGCGGAGAUUUCCGAGGACCUGACGCCGGGGAGUCUGGUCAUGAAGGUGGUAGCCACUGAUAAAGACGGUCCGGUCAACAGCUUGCUCCGAUACUCCAUUGUGAGUGGAGAUCCGCUGCAGCAGUUCACCAUCCACCCGCGCAGUGGGGAGAUCACAGUCUGCGCCCCGCUGGACCGGGAAGAGAUCCCUCAUUACUCCCUGACGGUGCAGGCCGCAGACGAAGGCGAACCACCGCUGUCUUCCGCCGUCCUCAUCGCCAUCACGGUCACCGACGCCAACGACAAUCCCCCGGUCUUCUCCCAAGUCAAUCACACUCUGCUUCUGCAGGAGGGUGAGGCGGUGGGCAGCAGCUUCCUCCAGUUGGUGGUCACAGACAGGGACACGCCCAAAAACGGCCCACCGUUCUCUUUCCACAUCAUCAGUGGCAACGAAGACCGACGCUUCCAGGUGGACCAGGGAGGUCUGCUGUCGCUGUCCGCCCCCCUCAAGAAGAAGGUCAAACCUCAUCACCAGCUUAAGAUUCAGGUGACGGACAGCGGCCACCCUCCGCUCUCGUCCAUCUGUGUGAUUAACAUCGGCGUCACCGAGCAGAGCAAGUAUCCCCCCACCGUCGUUCCCCUGGAGGUCUUCAUCACCUCUGCGGGGGGGAUGUUUGCAAACCGGGUCAUCGGCAGACUCCACGCCUCAGACCAGGACCUGCAGGACGUCCUGACCUACAAGCUGAUGUCAGAAAACCCGGCGGGCGGCCGGUUCUCCGUCGAUCAGGCCGACGGCAAAAUCUGGGCGGACGAAAACCUGGAGGAGGGAUUCUACUCGCUAAAUGUCAGCGUGACGGACGGAAAGUUCAGCGUGUGGACGGGGGUCAAAGUUCACGUGUGGGCAGCUACACAGAGGGUGCUGGACUCUGGCGUCACGCUCCAGCUGGUGGGGAUGACGCCGGAGGAGUUCCUGGGGGAUCACUGGCGAGGACUUCAGCGCUUCCUCGGACAGUAUUUGGAUUUACCCAGACAGGAGCUCCAUCUGGCCAGCCUGCAGACGCUGCCCAACACCAAGGUCCUGGAGGUUCUGCUCAUCUGGAGGCCACUCGAUGGACCUGUCCCGGGUCUGCCGACCAGCAAACUUGCAGGUAUCAUCUCGGACAUCGAAGACUCACUGGGCCUGAACAUCCGCAGGGUCCACCACAACGGCUGCCUGGGCCCUGGGUGUCCACAGCGAGGAUGCCGGAACGCCGUCCGUCUGCAGGGAGAGAGCCUGAGCCAUUUCACGACAGCCAGAGCGGGUUUCAUCACGCCGCGACACACCUGGGAGAGCGUCUGUCCCUGCAACGAGUCAGCGCUGCGAUUCAAUGACACGUCGUACCUGCGCUACCUCCACCAUAUGGACGAAGACAGCCAUCAUUUCACACUCUCGCUCCGGUUCAAGACUUCCCACGAGGACGGUCUCAUCAUGAUGGCCAACGGCACCGACUGGGGAGUAUUGCAGCUGAUCCACGGAGCGCUGCGCUUUGACUACAAAUGUGAAGGUGUCGGUCCAGGUGGGCUCACCGUCAGGUCCGCUUCCGUAUCCGAUGGUCGCUGGCACAGCGUCCUUCUGGAAGUCACCUCCACCUCCGUCAGACUGAGCCUGGACCAGCAGCACCCGGCCACCGGCGCUCUGUCCCAGCCGUGCAGGAUGAUGCGCGCCCAUGGCGCUCUGCUCUUCGCCUCUGUCCCUCAGGAGGCCAGCCAAAAGGCCAAAAGUCAUCCCCGUGGUUUUAUUGGCUGCCUGGAGAAGCUGGAGCUCAACGGGGAGCCAAUUAGAGUUGGAGAUGCUGCAGAGUGGAGCCAGUCCGGCUACAGGAGGGUGUUCGGGGUCCACCAGUGCUGCAGCGGGGCGGCAGGCUGCGACAGUAACCCCUGUCAGCACCAAGGAGUGUGUGAGGAGGACGCCAGCGGAGAGCCGCGCUGCAGGUGUGCAGGACUCUUCCACGGCGCCCGCUGUGAGCUCACGGGAAAUCCAUGCGCCUCCCAGCCCUGCACCAACGGGAGGGUGUGUGUGCCCAAAGGUCAAGGUUACAUGUGCAGCUGUGCGCCGGACGACCCCGACACUCGGUGCCACAAACACAUCGACGUCUGCGCGCCUGAUUCCUGCCCCCGAGGUUUCGAAUGCCAUGUGUCUAUGGGAACAUUCCACUGUGACCCGCUCCCUCAGGUGUCUCCUGGGUUCGGCUACGUGGAGAUCCUGGAGAUCGGAGGGAGCAUCCUGGGACUGCUUCUCCUCGUCGCCAUCUUUGUUUGCAUUAGGAAACGAUACGUCCAGCAGAGAAACAAGAAAGCAGCUCGUACCGAGGACGCCAACGGAUAUUUCCAUACAACGAAGAAAGCGAAACCUGACCAGCAGGACGUCCACCCCAUCGAGUUGACCUCCUUGAUGGGGCCAGUCAACGACCUUGACCACACGCCCUUCAGAUCUCUGCGCCCCAGAAGCCAGAUCAUCUCGUCCGGAGGAGUGGUCUCCUCCCAGAAGACGUCCGGGCCUGUGGUGUGCAGCGUGGCUCCGAAUCUCCCCGCCAGGCCGCCGUCCAGCUCCGACAACGACUCCAUCAGGAAGAGCCACUGGGACCAGGACUAUGAAGUUUACCCCGCUGACCCGGACUACUACGGCCGCCCCACCGUCCAGGAGUUCCCCCAGUUUGACAUCGUGGAGGACACCUACUCCACCUCCACCAUAGACUCACGGAGGAACUCCCGCUUCGGCGGCUUCCCCUUCCCUCUGGACCGGUGCGACCGCCGCGCCCCGCUGCCUCCGUGCUACAGCAGCCAGAACCUCGACGACUUCCUGGGACCCGACGGGCUUCCUCUCCCCAAAACCAAAUGCCCCAACGAGUACACUGCCAUCAGCUACUACCCCACGCACCAAACCCGGAGCCUGGACAACGUGUCGGCGGGUCACAAGAGACUCAGCAUGCGACUGAGCGUCGCCAUGCCGUCGUACGCCGAGCAUCCGAACCCACCGCCGCCGUCAAACACCGCUCAGCCUCAAACAAGGCCGGUGCUGCAGAACCCACGCAGCUACGACGGGUCCAGCAUGGUGGAGAGUGACUACGGCAGCUGUGAGGAGGUGAUGUUCUGAAGCUGUAGAUGUAGUGUUAGCGUACUCUGUGUUUUUCUGUGUAACAGGAACAAACAGCCACAAGGCACAGCGGUCAGUCAAAGUGCCGUCGAGGAAGCUAAGAAAGCCCUUUGAGUUAGUGGCGUCUGAGCAAAAACAAAGUCAAAAUAAACAAUGUAUUAUGCCGGAAUGUUUCCCCCCUAAACUGAAUUUCUAAAAUUCAGAUUUUAAAGUAAAUUGAACAACUUGUGGUUUUUGGAGUUGAUAUUUUUUCUGUUUUCUUAAUUUCUAAAUUUUGUUCUUCUAGCAACCUUUGAUUUCAUACAUGGAAAUAUAUAUAUUUUUUAACUAGAUCCCAAAAAUAUUUUUUUAUUUGAAUUUUUGUUG